AUGCCAGUUCGACUCUGGCUGUGCUUCAUGUUACUCGUAUCAACGGUAACAUACCUCCUCAAACAGCGCCACCGACUCAGCACGCUAAGACUACUAACACUAUGUCUCGUCUUCAUAGGCCUAGAGCAAACCCUGAGCAACGGAGGCCAUGAGCCCCACCUAUCACUCUACCUAGACACCCUCGAAGUGUCCCAAGGCAACCUGAUCCUCAUCCUCACUGUACUCGGCUUGAGCUGCCUAUGACUCCAGAUGGACCAGAGAGAUGAGAUCCCCCACACUGAGCUGAUCAUCGCAGCCACCGUCUUAGGAUCGUGCCUGAUGAUCAUGUCUAAAAACCUCCUAGCACUGUACGUACUGGUAGAGCUACAGAGCUACGGCCUCUACAUCCUAACCACUAUCCACAACAGAUCCUAUGACAGCACACGAGCCGGUCUAGUCUACUUCAUCAUCGGAGGACUAGGCUCGAUCGUGCUACUGCUAGGGAUCUACGUCCUGUACCGGGACACCGGAAGCCUAGAGGUACAGGAGCACACCCUCCUAGAAGCCUACGGUAGCCCAACCAUGGGAUACUGACUAAUCAUCAUAGCCUUCAUGAUCAAGAUGGGACUAGCGCCCUUCCACCAGUGAAGCAUAGCGGUGUACAACUACGCGCCAACGCACAUCACAGCCUACAUCUCGGUCAUCGCCAAGGUGACGCUGGUAGGCUGAACCUACAACCACCUGGGGAACAUACCAACCAGCGCGCUGGUCCUAGUGUACUACCUCAGCCUGCUAGUAGGAGCGCUGAGACCUCUGUACACCAUCAACCUCAAGGUCAUACUAGCCUACAGUGGAGUGCUGAACUUCGGAUACCUCAUGCUGUCGGUACUGACAGGAGACCCAAGCUUCUACGCCUACCUAGUACAGUACAUCAUCACUCAUGUCCUCAUCUUCACCAUCAUCCUAGCAGCAGGACGGUACGUAACCGCAAGAUCGCACUGAUCCCCACUGCUACUGCUAGAGCAGCUAGUGCUACCCAACAAGGGCCUAGCGCUGUGCUUCAUAGUGAGCAUCUUCUCACUCAUAGGCAUACCCCCACUGGCAGGCUUCUACGCCAAGUACCUCAUCCUGACAACAGCGAUGUGGGACAACUACGUCAUGGAAGCUCUCCUACUGGUGGUGACGAGCGGAGUGGCGACCUACUACUACGCUACCAUCAUCAAGAGACUGGCCCUCGGUCUGGUGCAAAGACGCACCAGCACGGUAGGGCUAGAAGGAGGAGUAGCGUACAUCAUAUCAACACUAACACUCAUGGUACUGUGCUGCUCGGCUUACCUACCAUGACUAUCAGAGGGACUGAUCCUACUGAGCACCUAG